AUGGCUGUUCUUCCCUUCUUGCCCGGCCUUGCCGUCGAGAUCGUCGUCAACGGCGCUUCACUGCCUGAGUACGAUGACAAUAGCGACACCCCCGCUUCGCCGACGAUGAUCACCAAAUAUGUCGAGGCGACCUCUGGGGCUAACUUUACGAUCGAAGUCUUGCUCAUGGAGGAGUUUCCUUUCCCAAAGGGUCAUCUAGAAGCCGAGAUCAGUCUCGAUGGGCGAGUGUUUAUGUGUGAGCUUAUCAGAGAAGAUCAAUUCUUCAACGACCAUUUGAUGGACGGACGUCACUCUCAAGUUGGUCAAUACCCAAAGACACAGAAGUUCUUCUUCGCCAAGCUGGAAAUAACAUCGAUUCAAAUUUCCGAGAAGGCGAUGAAAGGCUACACUCACACACAUCGAGCCGGUGUAUCUAAGCCCAUCGCCCGCACAUACCAAACUUGGUGGGAUUACGAUCGCGUAACGAAGUCUCCAUUCGCUACCUUUAAUUUCAAAUACCGGUCCUUGAAUGCUCUCCGAAUCCUGGGGCUUGUCCCACGCGAGCCUACCCCUCCGCCUCUGGAAGAGCGACCCGAAGAUGAGCUCACUCCGGAAGAACUACGCCAACUCGUCAAGCAGCUCAAGGAUCGCAAUACAGCUUCGGUCAAGAUCAAGGAAGAAGCCGGUGUCAAGCGCAAGCGAGUCGAUGAAGCUAUCGAGGCGAGCGAUGACCAGGGGGUAAUGGUCAUUUGGACUGGAAACCGGAAGCGUCACCGUGAUGCAGAUGGAGAGAUUAUCGUGCUGGACUAG